UGCGCCCCAUGUUUCUGGACACAAUCAGCUGAAAAAAAUCCCAUAAAUAAUCAGGGUCUACCUCACAAACAAGGGUGUUCUGGUCCGUACAGCUGGGAAGUGACCACAGAGUCCACACUGGCAUCAACAAUACAUGAUGUGGACGAAUGUGCCGAUCCCAGAGCUUGUCCAGAGCAUGCGACUUGCAGCAACACUGUCGGAAGCUACUUUUGUUUCUGCAACUCAGGAUUUGAAUCCAGCAGUGGAAACCUGACUUUCCAGGGCUUUGGAGAGAAGUGUGAAGAUGUCGAUGAAUGUUCCAGGAACUCGACUCUUUGCGGCCCCAAUUCCAAAUGCACCAACAUCCUGGGCACAUACAUUUGCCACUGCCUACCUGGAUUCUAUGAAGAAUAUAAGCCCGAUGUGGGGGCUUACCAAUGUACAGAUGUUGAUGAGUGCAUUGACAUGUGUAGCUUCAACACAACAUGUACCAACACUCCUGGGAGCUUCUUUUGCACCUGUCAUCCUGGUUUUGCACCAAGCAAUGGAGAGCUGAGCUUCACAGACCAAGGGGUGGAAUGUAUAGACAUUGAUGAGUGCUUCCAAGAUCCAUCACCAUGUGGCCCCAAUUCUGUCUGCACCAAUGCCCUGGGAUCCUACAACUGUAGCUGCAUGGUGGGCUUUCGUCCCAACCCAGAAGGCUCCUGGAAAAAUGGCAACUUCAGAUGCAAAAGGGUUCCCUUCAAGUGUCAAGAAGAUGUUAUUCCUGACAAUGAACAGGUCCAGCGAUGCCAAGGCACAGCAGCAAUGGAGCCUGAAUUUGCGUCCUUCUGUGCACUCAUGAACACCACCUUCAGCGUUCUGGAUGAUGCUUGCAAAAACAAAACCACCGCCAUUUCUCUGGAGAGAGUGGUCGAGAGCUUCGCUAUUGUGCUUGAACAAACAUCCACGUGGUCCAACUUCACCAAGGAAGAGAAAGCCGCGCUGGCCACGGUUGUGCUGGAGAGUGUGGAGAGCAUGGCGUUGGCGGCUUUCCUGAAACCCUCACGGAACAGCAGUCAGACUGUUCGGACUGAACCCUUAGACAUUGAGAGCAAAUUUGUCAAAGAAGAAUGCAUCAAAGAGAAUGUCAUCUUUCACUUGAAAGCCAAAGGGGAUGAGAUGAAGAUCGGAUGUUCCACCAUUGCAGAGUCUGAAUCUACAGGCACCACUGGGGUGGCUUUUGUCUCCUUUGCUGGCAUGGAGUCUGUUUUAGAGGAGAGCUACUUCAAAGAUCCCCAGGACUCCUUGGCCAACUCCAAGAGGAAGCUGAAGAUGAAUUCUCGAGUCAUUGGGGGCAUCAUGACUGGGGAGAAGAAAGACGGCUUCUCAGAUCCAAUCAUGUACACUCUGGAGAAUAUCCAGCCAAAGCAGAAGUUUGAUAAGCCUAUAUGUGUUUCCUGGAGCACGGACGUGGAGGGCGGGAGGUGGACACCCUCUGGCUGUGUGGUCCUUGAGGCUUCCAAGAUGCGUACCAUCUGCAGCUGUAAUCGGAUGGCGAACUUGGCCGUCAUCAUGGCUUCUGGAGAGCUCACGAUGGAGUUUUCUUUGUACGUGAUUAGCCACGUGGGCAUGGUCAUCUCCCUGGUGUGCCUCGCCUUGGCCAUUGCCACGUUCCUGCUGUGUCGUGCCAUCCGUAACCACAACACCUACCUCCACCUGCACCUCUGCGGGUGCCUCUUCCUGGCCAAGAUGCUCUUCCUCGCCGGUGUAGACAAGACCGACAACCAGACCAGCUGUGCCAUCAUCGCAGGCACCCUGCACUACCUUUUCCUCGCCUGCUUCUUCUGGAUGCUGCUGGAAGCUGUGAUGCUCUUCCUGAUGGUCAGGAACCUGAAGGUGGUGAACUGCUUCAGCGCUCACAACAUCAAGAUGCUGCACCUCUGUGCCUUUGGCUAUGGGCUCCCGGGACUUGUGGUGGUUAUUUCUGCCAGUGCACAGCCACAGGGCUACGGGAUGCAUAAUCGAUGCUGGCUGAAUACAGAGACGGGGUUCAUCUGGAGUUUCUUGGGGCCAGUUUGUACAGUCAUAAUGAUCAACACUGUCCUCCUCACCUGGACGCUGUGGAUCCUGAGGCAGAAGCUUUCCAGAAUCAAUGCUGAAAUCUCAAUGCUCAAAGACACCAGGUUACUGACAUUCAAGGCCUUUGCCCAGCUCUUCAUCUUGGGUUGUUCCUGGGUGUUGGGCAUUUUCCAGAUUGGACCGAUAGCCGGUUUCAUGGCCUACCUCUUCACCAUCAUCAACAGCCUGCAGGGGGCCUUCAUCUUCCUCAUCCACUGUCUGCUCAGCCGCCAGGUGCGAGAAGAAUACAGGAGGUGGAUCAUCAGGAAGCCCAAGCUCCAUUAUGACCUGACAUAG